CUUUCCUCUUUUUCAAUCGCGGAAGUGCAGUUCCUAUGUUAUGUUUUGUGCAGUACAUAGCACAGAUAGAAUAUUUUAAAGUGGUUUUUAUUGUGAGACGACGGGUUUUAAAAGAAUAGCACUAACCCUGGCAACAGACUGAAAAAUGGAGGACGAGGCUCCUGUUAUUUAUGGUCUCGAAUUUCAGGCACGAGCACUUACUGCCCAGACAGCUGAAACUGAUGCAAUUCGUUUCCUUGUGGGCACACAGUCACUAAAAUUUGACAACCAGAUCCACAUCAUUGACUUUGAUGAUGAGAAUAACAUCAUUAAUAAGAAUGUCCUUCUGCACCAAGCUGGGGAGAUAUGGCACAUUGGCGCCAGUCCUGCAGAUAAGGCUGUGCUUACCACCUGCUUUAACAAAACCAACGACAGCAGGGUGGUGUCCUGUGCAGCAGUAUGGCGGAUGCCCUCAGAUUGGGAGACAGGAAGCCAUGAGUCACCUGACGACUCCGCCCACAACCCUCAAACCCUGGAGUUGCUCUGUCACCUAGACGACAGCGCCCACGGUAACGCCGCCUGUGUGCUUUGGGAACCCAUGGGGGAUGGCAAGCGUGUGAUUUCAUUGGCUGAUAACCACGCACUACUCUGGGACUUGCAGGAGAGCUCCACACAGGCCACAGUCUCCAGCAUUUCCACUUUGGAGGGCAAAGGUCAGCUCAAGUUCACUUCAGGCAAGUGGAGCCCUCACCACAAUUGCAGCCAGCUCGCCACAGCAAAUGACACAGCCAUACGAGGCUGGGACCUUCGCACCAUGAGUCAGAUCUACUGUAUAGAGAAUGCCCAUGGCCAGCUGGUGCGUGACCUGGACUUCAACCCCAACCGCCAGUACUACCUGGCCAGCUGCGGAGAUGACUGCAAGGUCAAGUUCUGGGACGUCCGCAACGUCCAGGAGCCCGUCAAGACCCUGGAGGAGCACUCGCAUUGGGUGUGGAGCGUCCGGUACAACCACAGCCAUGACCAACUGGUGUUGACUGCCAGCAGUGACAGCCGCCUCAUCCUCUCCAAUAUGGUGUCCAUCUCCUCAGAGCCGUUCGGACACUUGGUGGAUGAUGAAGAGCUCAGCGAGGGGGAGGACAACCACCAGGAGGACAAGAGUAAGGAGCCCCUAAAGGACAGCGUGGUGUCCACGUAUGAGGAACAUGAAGACAGUGUGUACGCAGCAGAGUGGUCGUCAGCUGACCCCUGGCUCUUCGCCUCGCUCAGCUACGAUGGACGCCUCGUCAUCAACAGGGUCCCUCGUGCCCUCAAAUACCGAAUCCUGCUGUGAGAGGGAGGGGAUCUGCGUGUGUGUGUGUGUGUACAGUAAAAGUGUGAGAGAUGAAAGAGCACCACACAAAAGCUACACAAAAGCUGCUCAUAGACAUUCCAUAAUAACUGUAAUACUGCAAUACACUGCAAACUGGAUGUGAAGACAGCAAUGUUAAGACUGUGUGUGUGAUGUAAAUAUACUGUAGUUCAUAUGUUUCACCGACGACUGUAAACAGUGCUGUGCUGGCUAUUCCAAUUAAAAUAAAAUUUAAAAAAGGACUCCUGGAUAAACAUUUGA